UCAAGUAUGUCCAGAAUCUCCGUGAACGUGCGAUGGAGAUUCCGAGUCAGACGGCGAUCACGGCGGACAAUGUCAGUUUAAACAUCGAUGGAGUGCUCUAUGUCAAAGUCUUCGACGCAUACAAAGCAAGCUACGGAGUCGAAGACGCAGAUUACGCAAUCGCCCAACUCGCACAAACAACCAUGCGUUCCGAAAUCGGACAAUUAUCACUCGACCACGUCCUCCGCGAACGUCAAGCCCUGAACGCAAACAUCACCGAAUCGAUCAACGAAGCCGCAAAGGACUGGGGUGUUAAAUGCCUCCGGUACGAGAUUAGAGAUAUUCACCCACCGAAGAAUGUCUUGACCGAGAUGCACCGCCAAGUCGCCGCCGAACGCUCGAAACGCGCGGAAAUCCUCGAGUCAGAGGGUGCCAAGACCUCCGCAAUCAACCGUGCCUCUGGAGAAGCCGAGGCCAUCCUCCUCCGUGCACAAGCUACCGCUGAUGCACUUCGUUCUAUUUCCCAGGCUAUCGGGGAGAGCGACAAGGGCAUGGAUGCCGUCGGGUUGAGAAUCGCGGAGAAGUAUGUUGAGGCGUGGAAGGAGUUGGCGAAGGAGGGGACUGCUGUGGUGGUGCCAGGGAAUAUGGCGGAUAUGGCUGGGAUGGUCACCAGUGCUAUGGGUAUUUUCAAGAAUGUGAAGGAGGGGAUGCAGAAAAGUGAGGUGAAGGGGGGAGAGGGGAAGCAGAUUGAGGAUGUUACAAAGGAUUUGUUGGGAAAGAAUUAGGAGGCAUUGAUGCGGUGAAUUGUAUGUCUGGCGAUGGAACUGUAGCAGUUUACGAAUCCCUCUCCUCAAUACAUCCCAUAUUUGUCUCCUGUC